CAACAAUUUCAAAAACGUAGUUGUUUCUAAGUCCUAAAAUAGUUCGGUGGUCCUCACCACCAUAAUUUGAAAAGAAAACUGCAAACCAACAUUAAGUUGAUUUAGGGAAGUAAAUUUAACGGAAUUCCUAUGUCAAGUCGUUCUAAUUCUCCAAUUGCUGAAGAACCUGUCGAAUCGGUGCCUUUUACAUUUGGAAAACAGGCACAACAUUACAAUGCAGCCGCACUCGUAGAACGCUUUGUUCGCCCAAGAGAAUGGAAUAAACUUUCUAAUAUAAAAAACUCCAAUGAAGGAGAAGGUUCCGAUAAUGACAGAGUAGCUGAUACUUCAAAAUCGGGUUCGAACCCUGAGAACUCUGACUCUGACUCUGAAGGAUGGGAUAGUGAAGAUGAGACAGUAGAGUCUGAACUAAAUAUACCAUGUUCUCACCAUGUUGUUCUUCCAAGUCAUUCAAAGAUUGUUUCAACCACAACGUUCGACAAUAAUGGAACUAGACUUUAUACGGGAUCUUUAGAUAACACCAUUUCCUGCUGGGAUUUUGGUGGAAUGGACGCUUCUAGUCCUCGUCCAUUCCAUGUGAUUGACCCAACUAACACAAAUGCUGAUAAUGUAGGUCGCUACCCUGUAAAAAAACUGGAUUGUUCCCAAAAAAACCAAAUAUUAGCCCUGUUUAAUCACUCGCGACCUGUUCUCUAUGAUCGAAAUGGAACGAACAUAACGCAAUUUGCUAAAGGUGACCAAUAUAUACGAGAUAUGUAUAGCACUAAGGGGCAUAUUUCAGAAAUAGAAGACGGAAGCUGGCAACCAAACAGCACCCAAUGGUUUUUGACAUGUGGUGCCGAUAAUACUGCUAGAAUAUGGGAUGUUAAUCGAACAAAAUCGCAAGUUGAGGUAUUUUCUCAUAUAUCUGAGGCUUCUAGAACUGGAAUAAACAGAUCACCAAUUACUAGUUGUGCAUGGAAUCCCAUAGAAAUUAAUCAAUUUGUAACUGCUGCAUAUGACGGAACCUUGGAAGUAUGGCAGAGAGGUUCGCGAACCCGUCACCCAUCCUUGAAAAUACCUCAGGCUCACACGUCACAAGUCCGUGCUACUUCUUUAAGUUAUUCGGCAGACGGAGUUUACCUUCUUGGAAGAUAUGAGGACAAUGUCGUAUCACUUUGGGACAUGAGAAAUACGAAAACUCUAUUACAGCAGGUAUCGGACGUACCUACUCCAAAAGCCGGUGCAAAUGCUAUAUUUUCUCCUGAUAGAAAACACAUAUUACUAGGAACGGCGGCUAAUGAAGAUAGCAAUGGAAGUCUACGUGUCUUGGAUGCGCUCACUUUAGAGAAGAAGGCUGAUCUAGUAUUUGAUGUGCAAAGCAGUGUUCGUCAUUCAGUUAACGCCGUUUCUUGGAAUGAUAGAAUUAAUCAAAUUGCUGUUGGGUUGUCUACUGGGGAAUCCGUUGUUUUAUUUUCAGCAUCUGGAUCUGUCCGCGGAAUAAAAGAUUCUGCUUCAAAACCACCAAAAAUAAAACAUGUCGAUGAUGAUUUACAAAACACAGUACAUAUCAAUGCCCUUAGUGGCUCUGUCGGUGAUGCUAAUGAAUUUGGAUUAGUUGAGGAAUCAAAUGAAUCGGUAACAAACUACUACUACAAUUCUCGUCGUCAACGUAAUGCCGUCCGGAAAGACCCUAAGCGCUCUAGACAACCUGAACUUGGUCGAGUGGUCGAAGAAAAUACAAGUGAUGUUCCUCUUGCGGACAUGAAAGACGAAGAUCCUCGUGAGGCUUUACUGAAAUAUGCCGAUGUUGCUGAAUCCGAACCCAUGUUUACUAAACUCUACACGAAAACACAGCCAAAGACUCUAUAUAAAAGCUCUGAAAGUGGCUCGCAGGAAGAUGAGGGGUCUUCAAAGAGGCAGAGAACGAAUUAAUGGUAUAUUGACGAAUGAUUAUUUGCUGAAAACACUAUUGACAUGUAAAAUUGAAAAAGAUGAAAAUGAUCGUCUACGGGACUUUUUGGAGCACUUUAAAUUUAAAGUUCAUGUUCAAGGAAUAUUAGGAACAGAAUGUAUACUUUAUUAAUUAGAUCGAGUUAUAUAUACAAAUUUAUUUAUAAUGUUGGU